GGACAAAACUGACACGCACUCACACACAUAGACACACAGAAAAAAAACAUCUGGUCGCGCUGGGAAUAUAUUGCACCGCAAAACAAAUGCUCCGGUUGGCUCUGGUGCGACUAGAGGUCGCUGUUUGUCCGAAUUAGUUCCAACAAGUGGUCAUUAAAAGAUUAUUUACGCGGUUUGUGAUUUAGAAGACUGCAUUCUCGUUCCCGCUGGGAAUCUCCGUUGAUGUUGAUUAUGAUGAAUUUCAGCACUAACAGCCAUCGUCACAGUCCCACUCACAAGGAAAAUAUUCCGCCUCCAACCAAAGCAGAUGCCUUUCAGCACCAGAGGACCAAACAGCGCACAGUGCUUGGGGUCUUGUCAGAAAAUGAGCAGCGCGGACGAUCCCUAAGCCAGGGAAGCCAGUUUUCCAAACACAGUUCUGUUUCGGACAGCUCACAGCUCAACUUUUUCGGCUGCCCAUCCAGUUCCAGCUACGAAGUGUAUGUUGAGGAGGCUUGUGAAGUUGUUCUUGGCGCUUCUGGUCAGGAAGUUGUUUCAGAUAGUUAUGACCUCACAGCUGAUGCCUAUCCCCUGCAGAAUGAACACUUAGACGUCUUGAUGGAGUUUAGUUCAAGUUCAUGCCAGGAUGCGUCCAUGCAGUUUGAACCUGAUGAACCCUUGAUGUCUGUGGAGACUUUCUGUUUUGAUUAUGCAGAAGAUAUUUACAAGAACUUAAGGGAGAGUGAAAAGAAGUUCCGGGCAAAACCAGCCUACUUAGAGAAACAUCCGGAGAUCACCAAUGCCAUGCGGGUCGUUCUGGUGGACUGGCUGGUGGAGGUUGUCCAGGAAUACAAGCUCGGUUCUGAAACGCUGCACCUUGCUGUUAACUACCUUGACCGUUUUCUGUCCUGCACAACAUUCAUCAAGAGGAACAAGCUGCAGUUGGUGGGAACAGUUGCAUUACUGGUUGCCGCAAAAUAUGAAGAGAUCUUUCCUCCUGAGCUGAACGAGUUUGUGUACAUCACAGACUGCACCUACUCUAAGAAACAACUGCUCCGGAUGGAGAGCGUUUUGCUAAAGAUGCUGGACUUCAAGAUGGCAGCACCCACCACCAAUCAGUUUCUUCGCCUAUUCAUCUCUGUUCACCCUAUCUGUUCAACCACAAAAAACCUUGCUCUGUACAUAGCAGAAUUAAGUCUGCUGGAGAGUGAUCCCUUCCUACAGUACACCCCAUCAAUACUGGCAGCUGGAGCCUACUGCUUAGCUGCCUACACUAUAAACAAAUCUUACUGGCCUGAUUCUUUAGUUGUCUUUACUGGGUAUACCAUGGAGGAAAUCAUGCCCUGUCUGACUUAUCUCCACAAGCUGUACAUCAGUGCAGAGACUCGACCACAACAAGCUGUCAGGGCCAAGUACAAAACUUCAAAGUAUUGUCAUGUUUCAGGGAUCACUGCGCCCACUGCUAUGCCUUUCCCAUGACCCUGGAGCAGAGCAUAGUUACAGCAAACUGAAAACAAAGCAAACACAGAGCACAUUCUGCCAUCCACUGCUUUAUACUAUUGUCACCAUGCACAUGUGGACUAUCAGUUAUUUUUAUUUUAUUUCUUAAUCCAAUAUAGUUAUCCAUAUGCAAUUAAAGGAGUACAGUUAUUAUUUGAA